UAUUUCUUUCAGCAAUAACACCGGGUGUUACUGAAAUCACCCUUGAGCGUGCCGUCCCAGUGAACAUCACUUCUCCAAACUACCCUUCCGACUACAACAUCGGCGAUAACAUCGUCUGGCAGGUAUCGGCCCCUGUUAACCACAGCGUCAGGCUGGACAUCGUCGACUUCGCUACCGAAUUUGACUUCGACAUCUUGUUUGUGGGCGAUGGACUGACGCCACUGACCUACACAGAGCUUGCGAGGCUCACGGGCUAUGGGUUAAGGUCGAUUGUGACGUCACAUGGCCGCCAUAUGUGGCUCAAAUUCUUCAGUAAUUACAAACUUACUGACGUUGGAUUCAUGGCAACACUGAACGCUGUGGAUCCGAGAGAUGAUAAUCCUCUAAUCUUGGUGGACGAGUCUACGGUCCAACAGCUCCGCUCACCAGACAUACCUCUUGAUGCAAGCGACAGCGUGCACGAGACUUGGCGGAUAAUGGCUCCUCAGGAUCACAGCGUGAGGGCGCGUUUCGACUUCUUCAACCUCACCGAUGGUUCUUCGCUUACCGUGGGCUACGGCUCGAGUCCUAUAACAUUCACAAUCCUAGUGGAGUUGACUGGAAGUGAAUUGCCUGAAGAUAUUACCUCCCCCACUCGAGAAUUGUGGUUUAGAUUUGUGUCGGAUACUGGGGACUCCAGUAGAAGGAAACUAAGAGCAGCGUGUUCGCUUAUGGGAAGUGGAUUCUUGGUGAAUCUAACAGCAGAAAGGACUGAAGAUAUCAACGAGUGCCUGAGUAACCCUUGUCAGAAUGGAGGCACGUGUUCAGACAGCCUUGGAGGCUUCCAGUGCUUCUGUCCUGAAGGCUUCAAAGGGGAUUACUGUCAAACAGAUGAGUAUGAGUGUCAGAGCGAUCCGUGCCAAAACAAUGCUACCUGCGAAGAUGGAAUAAACACUUUUACUUGCCAAUGCCCCUAUGGUGUCACUGGAUUGUAUUGCGAGACUAUCUUAGAUGUAUGUAUUGGAGAUCCCUGUAUGAAUGAUGCUACAUGCAUGGAAGUAGGCCAAGGAUACCAAUGUCAGUGUGCCUCUGGUUUUACAGGUUCACGUUGCGAAACAGAAUUUGCAUGCAGCAGCAAUCCGUGCCUAAAUGGAGGGUCUUGUAUACAGAGCGGGUCCGUGUAUGCGUGUCGCUGUGCUACAGGCUAUACCGGACAGAACUGUGAAAGUAUAGUGAUAGAUCCUUGUCAGAGUAACCCUUGCGAUGGUGCGGCUAUGUGUGAAGUAUAUUACGGGGGCAGUUAUAGAUGUGUGUGCAGACAGGGCUUUACAGGGUACAACUGUGAUAUUGAUGUGAACGAGUGUUCAAGCCUUCCUUGUCAGAAUGGAGGGCGCUGUGACAACGGUCAGGGCCGGUACACCUGCGAAUGCCGUCUAGGAUAUUCCGGCGUGAACUGCGAAAAAGUUGGUUACUGUGAUUUAGACGGGGAGUGGUACAAUGAUUGCAAUGACAAGAUAACCAUCGUGAAGACAUCAACCGGUCUUCUUCUUGGAGAUUAUAUGACCAAUGAAGAGAUCCUUCUUGGCUCCUCAGCGCCCACAGUUGUGGUGGGUUACGCCAACCAGAACGAGGACUUCCCUACCUUCGGGUUUAUGGUAGGGAGAGACAAUGGGUUAUCAACUACCAGCUGGUCCGGUCAGUGUCACCUCUGUGACGGGGAAGAAGUCCUGUAUACGACCUGGACCAACACCCGUCAGGUCAACACGUGUUUCGAAAUAAAACGAUCGACGCGGUUGGGACAAGAUAAAUGGACGCGAUACCCUCAGGACAUAGCACCACGAAGAGAUAUCUAGACAAGAAUAUAAUCAUUUAGUAAAGCAGUGGUGUAGCGGAGCCCUUUGGCAUUACUGGGAUGGGCACCAGUUUUUUUAUGGAUGAGGUGUAUUAAAUCUUCGAGGCUACAUAGGAGAGGGUAAUGAGGCAGGUGUCUUUAUAUCUUCUUUUGACUUUCCCUUUCCCCUUCUCCUUUUCUUUCUUUUUUUACCAUCGUGUCCCCUGUAUCUUCACCAAAGAACAGAUUUGUUCGUCAAAGUCAUGAAAAUGAUAUAAAAUACGGGAAAAUAGAUAUAUGUAUACAUAUGAAACCUCACUAUCUUCGAAUAUUUACCACUUGACAAUGUGGCUGAUAUCUGAGUGGCUCAAAGUACUCAACCAUAACGAUUGAUGGUAUUAUUGACAUUAAUUAUAACAUAUCAAACUAAUUUACAAUGAUGAAACGUGGUUAGGCUUUUUCAUCAAUACUGACACUAAUACCGUAUAUAUUGCUUUUUCUACUACGGUAAUAGGGUUUUAAUAAUUCCCUCAAAAAUACGUCAAUAUGUCAAAAUAUCUGGAAUUUGAUAGAAAAAUGUACGAUAUAAUACCCAUAUCAAAUUCCAGAUGUUUUGACAUUCCCCUAAGAAAGUUUAUGUGUUUAUUUUUAAGAUGAAAUAAAUAACAUAAAUAAUGAUAUAUUCCCGUGCUUACUAUACGCCCCUGUUUUUGUAGCACCAGUUGUUUCCAAACACGUCAAAUUUCCCCUUUCUUUUUGGUUGUUUGUAUUUUCUUAUGUAGAAAUUAUAUUUUAAAUGUUUCAAUUUUUGGUGAUAGAGAAAAUGUUAUAAUAUAUAUAAAAAUAAUAUUAAUAAAUGUCGUCUAAUACAUUUGCGUUGCACUCGUUGUUUUGUUUUUUUAUGUCAAAAUCAGGAGAGUUUUAUAUCAAUACUUGGAGAAUUUGAUUUGUAUAACAUGUUUAUAGAGAGUAAUAUGAAAUUAGAGUGUGGCGAAUGUACACUCUCUCCUUCAACAAUUUUAAUGUGUAUAGUGCAUGCAUGGUUAAUGUCCUUAACUUUCAAUCGGGAGUUAGAGGGUUCGAAUUUUUGCCGGAUGCGUAUAGUGUGCCCUCGAACUAGGCAUUUGAUCAACACUUGUCUCUCUCGACUUUACUAUGAACAUGUCGUUUUUGUAUUGCUUUUUUUUUACGAAGGUUCAUAUUUCACAAUGCUCGUUAUUCCGAAAAUUCUUCACGAAAGUUCGUUAUUCUGAACAUGAAAGAGAGCACACGAUUCUGAAGGUUCAUAAUUCAGAAUAGGCAAUAUAAGUAUAGAAAUUUUUUUUUUUGGAAUAACGAACCUUUGGAAUCAUGAACCCUAUAUAUUUCAUUUUCAGAUAUAUCAACCUUGUUUCAUUUUUACAAUUUUGAAGAUUAGGAAAUACGAAUCUUUAAAAAAAAAAUACCCUAGGAAGAACGAGCUCCAUCUCCCCCUCCCCUCUCCUAUAGAAAACGCACCAUGAGUCACGUAAUUGGGUGAACGGUAGUAUGAUUAUCUUCCACUGUGUCUUCUUCGGCAAGACAUCAAAUCUACAUUAGUCGCUCUCCACGCAAGUGUAUAAAUAGGUAUUACCUUGUAAAAUGCAUUCAUUCGAAAACAUAAGUAUGAGCAUAUAACGGUUGCCGUAGCUAAUGCCAGGAUACUUUUACAAGGUAAUUUUCUUAGCACUUCAAAGCGCAUAUAACCGGAAUAUUGUAAUGUGAUAUGCGCCAUAUAAAAACGGAAUGGUAUCAUUGUUGUUAUUACUACGUAACAAUGUAUUGUCUUUGUAUUGAUAUUCCACAUAAUUAUGCCUUUUCAAUUGUACUUGUUGAAUACUAUACUUGUUUUUCUUUUCUGGGAAAAAAGAAAGCAAUGAUAAACAGCGGAUUGCAUUUUUGUCCAUUGUUUCAUGAUUACAAUAUCACCAUUUUUGGUAUGAAAUGAUUUAAUAUAUUGUACAGUUUAAAUCAAAUUGAAUGAGGCAACUUAAUAGGUAAAAAAGUGGCGAUAUGAUAUUUUCAUGUAUAAUUCUUUGUGUGCUCAAUUAUAAAAUAUUAGUUGGAUAGGGCAAAUGCAGUUCGUUCAAAAGUACAGAUUACAUUACAGGCGAUAGGUCUCAGUUUUACCUAAAUCCUUAAGGUCAGCCUCAAGACUUAAAGUAAAACUAAAGCCAAUCAUCAUCAUCAUCAUCACUAUCAUUAUAAUCAUCAUCACCAUCAUUAUCAUUAUUAUCAUUGUUAUUACUUUUAUUGUUAUCAUUAUCAUCUUAAUCAUUAUCAGCAUUAUCUGCAUCAGCAUUAUUACUAAAACUAUACUGCUAAUACAUGCGGCUGCUGUUGCUGCUA